AUGACAUAAGUGAGGUUAUGUUCUAAAGUAUCUGCAAAAUUGUGUUUCAUUGAGAAAAAUACUCAAAAAUAAUGUCUGAGGAUGCUGUUUUGGAGUAUCUGCACAUAGAAUUGGUAAAUUAUGUCCUGUCGGACAAAGAUGUGAAGAAGAAUGAGAAUGAUUUGUCUGAUUUGGAGUAUAUCGGCUUCACCACAGGCUACAGGAUAAUAGAGAGAUUAACCAGGGAAUGGCCGAGAUUCAAGGAUGAACUAGAAACACUGAAAUUUAUCUGUACGGACUUUUGGUCUUCGAUCUACAAAAAGCAAAUUGACAACCUCCGGACGAAUCAUCAGGGAGUUUAUGUCCUCCAAGACAAUGCAUUCCGUUUCCUCACGAGAAUCUCUUCUGGAACACAGUAUCUCGAGCAUGCACCCAAGUAUGUUGCCUUCACAUGUGGGCUAAUUCGGGGUAGUUUGCUGAAUCUGGGAAUCAGCAGUACAGUAACUGCUGAAGUACAGGCAAUGCCCUCCUGUAAGUUUCACAUCCAAGUCAACCGGACAUGAAAAAGGUAAGAAAUUUUGUAACUGGACUUUAAAAGAUCAAGGAAAAGAUGAGAAGAUCAAGAAAGAAGAAGAGUAAUCUUGGAAAGUAAAUUAAUAGAGCAUGAUGAGAAAAUAAAA